GGGUGGAAGGUGGGGGGUGGUGUGCCCUUCCUCUCCCCUUUCCUUUCUGAACGCAUACUGUCCCUGUUCCCGCCGGCAUUCUGGUGCCCCAAACCGCUGUGCGUAUGCGCGCGCUCCCUAGUGCGCUCGUGACCGCUGGGCGGCCGGCGGUAAUUUCGUGCGUUCGGUGUGAAGAAGGGGAUGGAGGAGGUGACUUCCUCCCCUCCCUCCUCCCCGCCAAGGUGGGUGGAUUACCAUGUCGGCGCCUGGGAAACCGUGAGGUGGCGCGCGACAGCGAGGGAGGGGCGCUGAGAUUUGUUCUGGGUACGAUGGAGACAACCGCGUUGACUCGCUAUCCCCUCUCGUCCUGCGCGAUGGGGGAGGAGGGAGGAGGAGAGCGAAAGGUUUGGUGCGCGACGAGUUUGCGGCUCCUCAUGAUAGAGAGGAAGGGAUUGCAGGAGGGGUUCGAGAUGGGCAAAAGGCGAGGUGAAGCGAAGCACGAUGCUUAGAACAAGCGGACGGGCUUGCCCAUGGUCGUCUUGAUGUGCAGCGACCUGACGUUUCGCCAGUUCUUCUUGAGCAGGGAGACCAAGAAGUUAAUGCUCAGACGAAGUGAGGGUUAGUGCCAGGCUCGCAGUUUUGGUAGAGAGCGACUUGAUUAGGGCUGGAUGAGCGAGCAGGGAUGACAUGGGAUGGAUUAUGAGUGGUAGCCCGCGCUUUAGCAACGCUGGGCAGAGGUG